AAAAUGGAAGAAACUUACCAAAUACUAAAAAAUCAAUCAAUCUUAGAGAGUGAUGACAGGUAGGAAGAUUCCAUGUUGUUGCAAGGUCAUUACUCGUCUAAAUUAGGCCAACCGUUGAACCCCGCGUUUACCCCCAUCUCUCUCUGCAAACUCCAUUGCCAACCCCCUUUUCCAUUUCUGAGAACAAGGUGGCAAAACAAAUCACACCCCAAAACGACCCCCAUUUCUCGCGUUUUGCCCAAAACCCUAGGUAGAGGGGUGGCUACCUUCGUUCUCACACCAAUCUGCAACAAAUCGAUCCCCCUUCGAUUCCUCGCAAGGGGGUUGCAGUAGAUGCGGAGAAAUCCCCUGAUUUCUCCAAACCCUCUCAUCAAUUUUCCAUGGAUUCACCACUGGGUUUCGUGAUUUUCGCCAUCUCAAUCACCUUCUUCGCGAUUGUUGCUCAAUCCCAGAUUCAGGAUGGUGCUGAUUCAUUUGAGUUUAUAUUAACAGCACCGCCGCCGCCGCUGCUUCCUCCGCCUCCACCGCCGCCACUAACACAACCUCCUCCUGCAGAUGGUUCCCGAUCGCCGCCGCCGCCGCCGCCUCACCAUCGCCGCAACCGCCACCGCCACCACCAUCGUUCACCGCCUCCUCCUCCUCCACCCCACCGGAUGAACGCCGGGAAGAAGGUUGGGCUUCUGUUCGUGGGCAUCGCGGCGAUCAUGCAGGUUUUCAUGGUUGGAUUCUUGGUGCACAAGAGAAGGCAGCUUUUGAAGGCUAAUGACAGAUACGAGAAUUGUUCAUGAUUAAUUCUUUCUCUUUUUGCCUUUUUUCGGUUGGAAUUCUUUGCUGAAACACGUUAUAGUUUUGGUUGGGGAAAGGGGCAUAAUAUUGGUAGCAUGAGAAAGCAAGCAUGGAAAUGUUGUGAAUUUGUGGGAAUCAUUGGAACAUUAACUGUGCAUUGAUGCCCUUAUAGGCCUUUGGCAUCACUCUGUAAAUUGGUAUUCAAGUAUUGAUAGUUGUUGGUGUUUCUUUCGCGUUUCAAUGUUUACCACAAUUCCAUUUAGUUCCAUGAGAUUGGCUUAUGAUGAUGACAAGAGAAAGGAUAUAUCACUCUGUACUUCAUUGUUUUCUUUCUUUUUCCUUUUAAUUUUACUCUAACAUGUUCAAUGUAGGUGGUAUAUUUUAAGGUUAACAAUGAUAACAUCUUGUAUUCUUUUGACUUAUUGAUGUGAAGUGAAGAACCUGUUCUGUUUCUGUCCA